UCUGCGCCCGCCGCUGUGGCCAUUGUCCGGCCCUGUGGUGGCGGAGGCCGGUUUGCGAAGCUGGACCUCACGCGGAACGGCACCGCCGAGAACCGAGACUGCAGCGGGCGCUAGAGGGGCGGACCCGCGGUCGCGGAUCCCGAAGCCCCGGAAGCGGUGAUUCCGAGUGCCGUGGGUAGGAGGCUGUCCUCCCGGCCUCGCCCACCAUCCUGCGGGCGGACUGGGCGUGGCCGGAGGGACUGUCCCGAGGCGGCGGGGCCUUUCAUUUGGCCUUGGGGGAGCAGCUGGCGGAGGCGGGCUCCUCCCUGCCAUUUAGGCUAAAGCGGCUGUAGGACUGGAAGGGUGGGGCCCCGGGGUAGCAGGGUGAGUGGAUCUUGUCCUCUCUCCGCAGCCCUGGACGGUAGCCAGCACACACUGAGGCAGGAAUGGCCCCAAGACCUCCGACGGCCACGCCCCAGGAGUCAGUGACAUUCAAAGAUGUGGCAGUGGACUUCACCCAGGAAGAAUGGCACCACGUGGACCCUGCCCAGAGGAGCUUAUACAGAGAUGUGAUGCUGGAGAACUACAGCCACCUGGUAUCUCUGGGGUAUCAGGUGUCCAAGCCAGAGGUGAUCUUCAAAUUGGAGCAAGGAGAAGAGCCAUGGAUCUCAGAGAGAGAAAUCCAAAGACCUUUCUGUCCAGACUGGAAGACCAGGCCUGACACCAUAUCAUCGAGUCUUCAGCAUGGCAAAUCUGAAGUAUCCCAUAGUACAAAUGUUCUGUCAUAUUUCACAUUAGGAGAUAUCUGGGACGUCAGUAUUCAGAGGCACCAGGAAAGUUGGAAGAGACAUCUGGGGCCAGAGGCAUCUUCCCAGAAAAAAAUAACCACUCUUGAGAAAAAUUUUGAGCAAAACAAAUUUGAUGAAGACUCUAGAUUGAGCACAGACUUGGUUCCACAACUAGACAUUCCUUCAAGUCUAAGGCCCAGUGAAUGUGAAACACUUGGAAAUAAUUUGGACUAUAACUCAGAAUUAGUUACUCGGAGUAGUAUCCCUGCAAAAAAGAAGCCUUAUAAAUGUGAUAAAUGUAGGAAAUCAUUUAUUCACAGAUCAUCACUUAAUAAACAUGAGAAGAUUCAUAAAGAUGAUGAUUAUCCCAAUGGUACAGACCAAGGAAUUUAUUCUGGAAGGAAACAUCAUGAAUGUACUGACUGUGGGAAAACCUUCCUCUGGAAAACACAGCUUACUGAACACCAGAGAAUUCACACUGGGGAAAAACCCUUUGAGUGUAAUGUAUGUGGAAAAGCCUUCAGGCACAGCUCAUCCUUAGGUCAGCAUGAAAAUGCACAUACAGGAGAGAAACCCUACCAGUGUAGUCUCUGUGGGAAAGCUUUUCAGCGCAGUUCCUCUCUUGUUCAACACCAAAGAAUUCACACUGGAGAAAAACCCUACCGAUGUAAUCUCUGUGGGAGGUCAUUCAGGCAUGGUACAUCCCUCACUCAACAUGAGGUCACUCAUAGUGGAGAGAAACCCUUCCAAUGUAAGGAAUGUGGGAAAGCCUUCAGUAGAUGUUCUUCUCUUGUCCAACAUGAGAGGACUCAUACCGGAGAGAAACCUUUUGAAUGUAGCAUAUGUGGGAGGGCUUUUGGUCAGAGCCCAUCCCUUUAUAAGCAUAUGAGGAUUCAUAAAAGAGGCAAACCUUACCAAAGCAGUAACUUCAGCAUGGCUUUUGAGCCUAACACAUCUCUUAUUCAAGGUGAAAAUACACUUACUGAAGUAAAAUCAUACUGUUGUAAUGACUGUGGAGAAGGCUUCAGUCACAUUACAGAUUUCACUGACCAUCAGAGGAUCCAUGCUGGAGAAAAUUCCUUUGACUCUGAGCAGGCCUUUAGUCAGCAGCCGGUGUCCCAUCCUAGAGAGAAACCCUAUCAAUGUAAUGUAUGUGGAAAAGCUUUUAAAAGGAGUACAAGUUUUAUAGAACAUCAUAGAAUUCAUACUGGAGAAAAACCUUAUGAAUGUAAUGAAUGUGGAGAAGCCUUCAGUCGACGAUCAUCACUUACCCAACACGAGAGAACUCACACUGGAGAGAAACCAUAUGAAUGUAUUGACUGUGGGAAAGCCUUCAGUCAAAGUUCAUCCCUUAUUCAGCAUGAAAGAACUCAUACUGGAGAGAAACCCUAUGAAUGUAAUGAAUGUGGGCGUGCCUUUAGGAAGAAAACCAACCUGCAUGAUCAUCAGAGAAUUCAUACUGGAGAAAAACCCUAUGCUUGCAAGGAAUGUGGGAAAAACUUCAGUAGGAGCUCAGCUCUUACUAAACACCAGAGAAUUCAUACACGAAAUAAACUGUAGAAAACCUAAAAUUGUGGGAUGGAUAGGAGGCUUUGUUUAAAAUGCUGCUCCAAUCCAGUAUCAGGAUUCUCAAAGUUUGAGAAUGUAAUUAUGUUUUUGUACGAUGCUUAUGGAUAAAACUGUGCUAUUAGAUUUUUUAAAAAAAUAAAAGCCACUGUUUUUGUAUUUGA